CUCUUUCUCUGUUUCUCUCUGCAUAUGAUUUUCUCUCCUCUCUCCACAGUCGGGGCUCGGUGGUGAGGAGGGGGGAGGGUGGUCUUGCAGUCGACGAGAGGAACAGGAGUUUAUUGAGGAGUAGCUGCAACGGGAGGGGGAGAAAAAAACGCAUACUACUGAGCACCGUCGCCUCGCCGAUGGUAAAGAAGAGAGAGAGAGAGCGGAGAGAGAGAGAGAGAGAGGGGGGAAAACAACAAAAAAGAAAAGAUCGCGCUCGGACGAUUGACCACUCCGUGCCGAGAAACUGCCGCUUGAAUUGUUUAACUUGUUGAUGCGACGAUUUUCUACUGUUUUCCCCUCUAUCGUCUGGCUGCAGUGACAGAUAGAUGGGUGGCGGUAUCGCCGUGGAUAGGUAUUUUAUUAAACUCGCCGUGGAUGCAGUUUAAAGAGCAGCCUUACCUAAGAUGCAAUUCAUCUCUGAGCCAUAGCACUGUGAUAACCGGAGCAGGGUUGUAUUAAACACUAUAGGUCAGCAUGGCAGCAGGUGUAGCGGCAUGGCUCCCAUUCGCCCGAGCGGCGGCCAUAGGAUGGAUGCCCGUGGCGAGCACCCCGAUGCCCAUUCCUCCCCAAGACAAGAAGAAAGGCCAGGACGGACUCAUCAUCCUCAACGUGAGUGGGACCAAGUUUCAAACGUGGCGAACCACUUUGGAGCGGUACCCGGACACUUUGCUGGGGAGCACGGAGAGAGACUUCUUUUUCCACGAGGAGACAAAUGAAUACUUUUUCGACCGUGACCCUGACAUCUUUAGACAUAUUCUCAAUUUUUACCGCACGGGGAAACUACACUAUCCGCGCCAAGAAUGCAUAUCUGCAUACGACGAGGAGCUCGCUUUCUUUGGUAUAAUCCCCGAGAUCAUUGGGGAUUGCUGUUAUGAGGAGUACAAGGACCGGAGGCGCGAAAACGCAGAGAGGCUUCAAGACGACGAGGAGAUGGACAUGAGCAAUGACGUCACGCCGGUGAACCUGACUUACCGGGAGUUCCUGUGGCGGGCUUUUGAAAAUCCUCACACCAGCACCUUAGCUCUGGUCUUCUACUAUGUCACAGGCUUCUUCAUUGCCAUAUCAGUGAUGGCCAAUGUUGUGGAGACGGUUCCGUGUGGGACUUUGCCCAACAGGUCAAAGGAGAUUUCCUGUGGAGACCGUUACGCACUGGCUUUCUUUUGUUUGGACACCGCGUGUGUCAUGAUAUUCACUGUUGAGUAUCUCCUCCGUUUAAUCGCAGCUCCCAGCCGGUACAAGUUCAUGAAAAGUGUGAUGAGCGUCAUUGACGUGGUCGCCAUCAUGCCUUACUACAUCGGCCUGGUCAUGACAGACAAUGACCAGGUGAGCGGUGCUUUCGUCACGCUGAGAGUCUUCCGGGUCUUUCGGAUUUUCAAGUUCUCCCGGCACUCCGCGGGGCUGCGCAUCCUGGGCUACACCUUGAAGAGUUGCGCCUCCGAACUGGGCUUCCUACUAUUCUCCCUCACCAUGGCCAUCAUUAUCUUUGCAACGGUCAUGUUUUAUGCAGAAAAAGGCUCCACAGCCAGCAAGUUCACCAGUAUCCCCGCAGCGUUUUGGUACACCAUUGUCACCAUGACAACACUCGGGUACGGUGACAUGGUGCCAAAAACAAUCGUGGGGAAGGUGUUUGGGUCCAUAUGCUCUCUGAGUGGGGUGCUGGUCAUCGCCUUGCCUGUCCCUGUCAUCGUGUCAAACUUCAGCCGUAUCUACCACCAAAGCCAGCGGGCAGAGAAACGACGAGCCCAGAGGAAAACUCGGCUUGCUAGAAUCCGUGCUGCGAAGAUUCGGGGCACUAAUGCCUAUAUGCGCUACAAACAAAAUGGGCUCCUGAUCGACUCACUGGAGGAGGCCUCCAAGGAGGCAGGACAAGCCCUGGUGGCGAAGGCUCCAAACCCUCCUUUUGAGAGCCAACAUCAUCACCUGCUGCACUGCCUGGAGAAGACCACGAAUCAUGAGUUUGUGGACGAGCAGACAUUUCAGUCCAACUGCAUGGAGAUCUCUGUGAUGAACAAGUCGGGCUCCCGUACAUCCUCACUGUCCUCGUCACCACAUGGACUCAGCUCGUGCUGCUCUCGACGCCACAGGAAGAAGAGUAGCUUCAGCUUGCCCAGCACAAACAACCAGGAGCUCAGCACCAUACAGAUCAGAGAGAGGCCUGUGGCCAACAGCCGCUCCAGCCUGAAUGCCAAACUCGAUGAGACUAUGCCCUUGAAAUGUGACGAACCUUACAUCACUCCCUCCAUGGUCAGCCUAUCUGCCCCCGUGGUGACCUCAUCAGACGGGCACGGCUCCACCACCACCACCGCAUACUCUCAGAGCAACAUUGUCCGAGUAUCUGCCUUGUAGAUGUCAUGCCUAUCUGAUCAGCUAACUGGUCUGAAGAAGCACCAGAUGCUGAGGAGAGGGACCACCGAGCAUCAACCUGCCAUAAUCUAGAGGGAUUAUAAGAUUAGCAGAAAUCGGGGUUUUUUGAAGUAGUGAUCUCAUCUGAUGUCAAACUCUGCAUGGUAUUAGAAUGAUGAAUGGACUGCUGCCUUGGAAAUAAGAGCGAACCAGCAGAUCUUGCUCCAUUAAGCACAGCAGAGCAAGGAAGUGCUGGGAUUGCGUGGUUAUCGUCGUUGCCUAAAAAUACUAAGAAAAAACUUUAUUUUUGAAUAUGUAAUGUAGUUGUAUUUGUUGUCUUCUGAUUCCAAGGAGGAAAGGCAGACGUUAAAAGGUCACUCUUGACGAUGGCCUCUGAUGAUAAAGCACACAUAUUCAUUAACUGAUGGCCAUCUUUGUGAAUAUUAAAUCAGUCGACUUCACUCACCGCCCAGUUAAAUAGUUUGUUUUGAAACCCCUCAAUUAACUGGCUUCUAAUAGUCCCCUCACUGUUGUAAAUUCAGAAAACAUACAUCCGCUGGAAUGGAUAACUGUUGUGAAUAUUCAUUAACUGACUCAUUAACUGGUUGAUGUCAUCGCUUGAUGAGUAAAAUAUACUACGCAUCCUGACAUGUUUGUGAAAUGUACAAGUGAAAGUCAAAAUGACAAAAAUUUGUGUUAGCUUACAUAUUUGACAUUCUGAUAUGGAUCUUUGUGAAAGCCACUGUCAUUAAUUAACAAUUGAUAUUGAGAACUAUACAGGGUACAUAUUAGUUAGGUCACAAGGUAGAAAUAUAAGUGAAUGUUCUCCGCAACACUUAACUAAUACUAACCCUAACGUGGACAUAGUAUUGACCUGGAAACCAUAUGAAGGAGUGUAGAGCAUCGAUUCCAUUGUAAUAUUCAUAAGCGAGACUUGGUAGAUUUCACUGUGUUAAAGGGCCAUUUUGUACAUUUUUCAUAUUGUAAAUAUCUCAGUUAGAACUUUAUCAACUGCAUUUGAAGUUGGCUCCUCUUAUUUCUAGAUUUAGUUGUUGGCAUACUAUUUCUGUCUGUUUACUGGUUGAAUUAAGGAUUUGCAUGCUGUCUUUGCAGAAUUCUGUUUUAUUAAAAGUAUGUCUCUGCUUCUUGUUUGAGGUUUGUCAGUAAAAAUGAGCUUGAUGGAAGGAAACACAAUGAGGCUGGUAUGUUAUGAUGUAAAUUAUGCAACACUUUGCUUUUAAUGAAAUACAAAUCUUGUCAUGGAGUACAUAUAUAAGAGGGAAGGAAGAGGGAGAAGUAAUCACACAUUGUGCAUUUGGUGCAGUGGAUAGAAUAAAUACUGUAGCUC